CCCCCAAGGUCCCGCUUCAACUUCAUUUUCAUAGUAUUUUUUUUAUUUUUUGAAUAAUAAACUCCAUUAGAAUCUACUCAAUUAGUUUCCCUCUCACACGCAUCAAUCUUUUCCCCUUCAUAUGUAGAAGAAGAAAAUCGCAAAAUAUUUAUACAAAAAAUUAAUGGGGAAAAAUCAAGCCUACAAAGCUAUGCAGAGAGGCCGGCUCGGCUCGAGCUCAGCCGGGCCGGAAGAGGUUGAGGAUGGCUUGGUUGAUAGUUCAUUUCAUUCACCAGAGUGGCAUGCUGCCCGUUUGGCAAGUCUAAAAACUUCUCAUACAGUUACAUGGGAGGAGUAUAAAAAGAAGCAAAAGGAAGAAGAAUUGAGAAAAGGAGAAUUGGAAGCAGAUAAAGAUAGGAUGAUGAUAGAGUAUAGAGCUCAGCUUGAUGCUGAAAGGGCACAUAAACUUGCUCGUGGGAGUAACUACUCAAGCAGCAAAGGCAGCCGCAAAAAGGAUAAAAAGGAGAGAGAUUCGAGAAAGCAUAGCAGCAAGAAGCGGAAGCAUUCUCGAAGAUCUUCAGAUUCUAGUUCAAGUUCAUCAUUGGAAACAUCAAACACUGAUGAUGAUGAAAGAGAGGCAAAAAGAUCAAAGUCAAGGCCAAAGAGAGGGAAGAAAGAGAAGAGGCAAAGCUCAAGAUCAAGAUCAAGAUCAAGAUCAAGAUCAAAGCAGUCGAGCAAUGGAGGUAAAGAGGCUGAUGGACCCUUGCCACUUUCUAGAUUCUUUGGAAACCUGAAAGGCUGAUAUUUAAUCAAGAUACACUAUGUUUUUUUAAUCACUCCUCGCUCAAGAUUCUGCUAUUCCAUUUGCCUAUGUGAAGUAGAUGUUUGAUUGAUAUUAACGCCUACUACUCUCUCCAAUUUCUGUUACAUAUUUUAAUAACGGCAUGCUACUUUCAUCA